AUGUGGUAUACAACUCAAAAAUUGCCGGUGCUCGUGAGAUGGCCUUAUGCCUUUUUCUCCGUUCGCGGUUUGUCUUUUUGAGAAUUUUUCGGCUAAGAAAAAUAACUAAAACCUCUUUUCAGGAGGAGCAGUCUCCACGAAUUCACUCUCUGAGAAACUCACGAAGAAACGCGAGAACUCGGCAGACUGGAAAAGUUCUUUGAUCAAAACUUUGAGCACGGAGUACAAGGAGCAGAUCAAGUCCCAGAAGUCUUACUGGAUCCGGAAGUCCGCUCAAGCUCAAAUCAUGAGGUCUUAUUCCGUAAACCGAGACUUUUUUGCGGCCUUAAGCAUUUUUUGUUAGUGGAAGAAAAUGCGAAAUCAAAAACACGGUCCACACGGAUCGAAUUCUCUCCAUAGCUGAUUCACGGUUGGCUUGAGCCAUCGAAAAAAAGAUCCUGGCACGAUAACAAAAGAAACAGUGCCUGGUUCCUGGAGAGCGCAGACAGGUCACAUAAACGCAAUUUUCUGCGCGAAUGCGGCGUAGUGCAUGCACACGACACACGACACCUCACGGAGAAAAAGUGGGCGUGGCUUUGUCGAAAAAAAGGCCGUGUUAAGUCAAUUUUCAAAUAAAGAUCAACAAAAUUUCUCCUUUUUUCGGCAUCAAUACUAUUUGCCUUCCGAGGUUUUUGAAAUCUGUUACUAAAAAGAUGAAACUUCGAAAAGUGAAAAGAGGUUCAACUUUAUCCGGACAGGUACACAAUCAAAGACGACAUGCAAUCGCUUGUUCGUUUCGCUGAGAACCAUGCCAGAGUACGCACUUCUACGAGUGACCGCGACGAGGAAGGGGUCAGUCUUUCGAGUCUCACUCAAGGCCUGAAUAUUGCUAUCGCUUCUGAUUCCUUUGCUGUGAUAUACUGAAUUGAGCCUAUGUUUUGACGUGUAAAUAUGAAAAAAACCCCUCUAUAGUAGGGAAAAAAGAAAAGAGUUUCGUUUCAUGUUUUUCUUCACAGGUUUGGGUUAGAGACGAAUAAACUACGCAGAUUUGAAAAACAGAACUCGAAAAAAACUUUUUCAAACUUGAAGCUUCUCGCGAUUUGUCUUUUUGUGAUGCACAAGAAGUUUUCUGCCUUGUCGCCUGAGGAAGUCAACUCUUCAGAUGCUUUGACACUCUUCUUGAGCUUAGGUGAGUUUUCCCAUUUUCAAAAAAAUUUCCUUUGUAUAUACAUAUAUAUAUUUUAUUCACUGCCGUUAUUUAACAGAAAAAUUAAAGAAUAAAUUAUCAAGUGAAGGAUAGGCAGAGAAAUAACAAUACACGGGAAAUAUUCAACCCCAACGAGUUGACGGGUACCCGGAAAUAUGACAAAUUCAUAGGAGACGAGAGGGGAUAUUUUCAUGAAAGGCUUCAAACGGAAGAGCGUUCAACUUUUUACGAAGAGUUUCUGGGGCAACGUUAAAAUCUAAAUAAGAAGUUAGAUUUUCAAAUUCCUUUUUUCGGAGUCAUCUUCUGGUUAUGCGACAGAAUUGUCUAAAAAAUAACUAUGAUAAAAACUUCCACUUCAAAUGCGAGUCUGUGUUCAAACUUCACUUUUGUGAAACUUAUAGUUUUUACAGUAAAAUUAACUGUGUCUUCCUGAUUUUCAGGAGAUUUAUGGCCAAAACUACGACGUUUGGGGACGACUGGGGACGCUACAGCGCUCUUGCUGCUGAAUACUCUCACGGGCUGGGAAUCCGGCAGAAGACGAGAUGAAGCUUCUUCUGACGUCACUGAGAUCUUGGAGUCUAUGAGAGAUCAUCUUCAAAGAAAUGUAGGUUCUUGCCUUCCCUGUCAGGAUUUUUGGUUCUAGAAGCUCUAAAAAUAAUGGCCGUCCAUAUUUUGAGUCUUUCCGUGCUUAUCAAAAGGUAUCAUGAAGUUUGGAACGCUUUUUUUUCUCUCCUUUUUUUUGUAAAAUGAAGUAUCGACCUCCCGAUUCACCUUUGUACAUGUUUCGAUCAAUCCUUUAUCUAUUACUCUUAAAAACCUUUCCCAUUUUGAAGGCCAUUUUCACAACAAAUAAGUUUCAAUCACAUGAACAGGAAUUUACUCGUACAGUUCAAACAAACUUCCUCACCUUUAGAAAUUACUAAAAUUGGACUCACUUCAUCACAGCUGUAUUCCGCUUUAGCAUUGACCAAAAGGUUGACCUCAUCCUCUCCAUCAGACCUCCUCCAUUGAUUAAUGUUUUCUUUCCUUUUUUCGUCAUUUUUUUCAAAUUUCCUUUUCAAUAAAAAUGACCGUGCUUCACGGAUUUCAUUUCAUUGCUCAACCGUUUUGGAUGAACGUGGGCACAAUAAUGAAAAUUUUGAUAUAAAUUAACCACUUUUCACAUAAGUAACACGGAAAAUUUCCUUUGGUGUUUCUCAGAAAGAGCUGAAAGGAUCCGUUCAAAGCUCUAAAAUAAUCGAAUUCUCUGGAAUAUUUCUAGUUUCUCUCCAGCAUCUUUCCAAUAAAGGAUGUGAAGAAUUGAUUAACACUGGAACAAAAUUGAAUCUCUCUUCUUCAGAUCAGAAGUCUUCGGCUGGACAGGUGCAAUGUGUUUCUCAGCGAAGAUGAAAAGUCGAAAAUUGCUCAAGAAUGGCUGCAUUUGUCUGGAGAACUGCCAAAAUCCUCUCGAAGUUCCGGGGAAGACAAAUAUCAGGUAGCUCUAUUAAAUUCCUUGAAACCUUUGGACCUCGAAGGAAUCUCCUCUGGUCGAAUCUCUCGCGUCUCCUUGCAGCCAAGAAGACUACUUUGGUAACCCUUUUCAUGUCGGCGACCUCAACAUUGUCAGUGUCAUGUUUCCAACUUUCCAUCGUUUUUUACUGUUCCAGGAUUAUUUGAGAGAAUUUGAUAAGCAUCUCUCUUUGUUAGAAUCUUCAGCGUGGCUUCAUGUGCCUAAUACAGUCGGUAAUCGCAAGGUUUGGACAUUAUUAAGCUUGAAACCCAAGUUUCUUUUAGGGAAUUGAGAAACAUGCUGAAGACGUCAUUCUCGAAUGGAGAUGGAAAGAAAAAAUAGAAAAAAAUAUUGAGUUGCUGAGCGAAGCCAAAAUGCACCCGGCUGGUCAGUCCACAUUCAUUUUUUCAUUUUAAAACUAGAAGCUCUUUGUUCGUGCCCACAGUUAUACAGUUAUAAGGAACUUGGGAACCUUUCAGUUGGAUCCUGUCUGAGCGCGAUUCCGAAACGACGGUUGGCGGAGCUGCUCCACGGGGCAGCGGUCGCCGUCUGCUCUCAAGGACAGAAUCUAGUCUCGAUCUCCAGUUUUCACUACGAUCUCGUCACGCCUAUAGCCUUCGAACUCCAAGAAGCGUUCAAGAAAAAACUUGGCUAUAGCGAGAACGAAGUUGGUUUUUCUUUUAAUUGGAAUGCAGCGAAUAAAGUUUUCCAGUGAAUGAGAGUUUUUUUUAAAUAUCUUUUUUAAUCGGCCCACGUCCUACUUUCAAUAAUGCAAAGCCUUGUUUCAGCUCUGGAGAACAGUUUUCCUGAAAUACGUCAGAUAUUUUUCUGAAGAAGAAAUUUCUCGAACUUACUCCCAGCGUGAAUGGUGGACUAUAGCUUGUCGAGAAAUCGGAAUCGCUCCCGAGUUUCAAGUUCAUUUUUCAAAUCCUCAAAUUAUCAUUAAUUUUUUGAGUUUCCUCUUGGUCAAAUCGACGGCGAAACCAGACAACAGAUGGCGACUGUGUUUGCGGAAAUCCUCGUCAAAUCUUGCGCCUUUCCUCUUCCUGGCAAAGGUUCUUGGUAGAAACACAAACUCAGUCAGCAAGCGAGGAAUUGAGGAAGUCAACCAGCUUUCUCGUACAAAUCUGUCGCGGCAGAAGAGGAAUCGCGAAUCUCGGCUGAAGGCCGCGUCUCGCUGUCGCGGAUGCUCGCCGUCCAUCCCAAGAUGAUGCAGAUUUUCGAUGAAUUCCCCUUCCGCUGCAUACUUUUCACAGCGCAGCAGCUACCCAUGACGGUUCAUCACCUUCAUUUUGCAACCAACAAUUCAGAAGUUGAGAUUCCUCCCCGACCGUGGAUCGACUACGGCGUCGGCGGUCCGCUCUAUAAAACUCGAGGGGAAAUCAUCCGCAAUAUUAGCGAGUACAAGUGUGUUGACAUCAACUCCGAAGUCCGGAAACGAAUAAAAUCUGCGUAUAACACUUUUAAAAAUAACCUCUUGGAAGUUUUUGUUUAGAAAGCAAGGUAGACCUGUUUUUGAUGCUUUGAACCAGUUGGGCUCGACGCCGUGGGUCAUCAACGAGAAAAUGCUGAGCGUCCUCAGAGAGGUCUUUGAAAACGAGUGAUCUGAAUUCGAGGCUCUUCCUUCUCAGACUUUCCUUCGCAGCGGCGACGCGACAUCGCAGCCGCUACUCGAAAAACUCGGCGUUCCCAUGCGGGCCGACACCGUCCAAGUUCCCGAGUAUAACGUGAUUUCCUGAUGAAGAAACGAAUCGCAAGUUUCUACUUCUUCAGGAAACCUUUGGAAACGUCCAUAAGAAGGAAUUAGAUCAAACUAAAUGGCGUGAUUAUGCGAAACGCCGAGCCGAAGUCAUCAAGAAGAGGUGAUAAACUUUUUUAUUUUUAUUCAGAACUCGUGAAAAAUCAUGUGGAAGCAGUUUGAUGUUAUUACGUCUGUUUUACGCAUUCGUUAACAUAUUUCUGCUUUCGAUUUCAUAGACGGUAGUAAUGGAACGGAAGAGCAAAAAAAAACUUCUUACUUAUUUUUCAAAGGUUUUAAGUGUACCGCGAGAAAUUAGUUUCAAGGGGCUUUUUACAUCUUCAAAAGGCUUUGGGUUACAUGAAGGACAAGUUUCUAUAUGAGGAUAUGUUUGGGCUAGACUUUAAAGUUCAUAAAACAUGUAAAAACAUUUUCCUUAACUGAUAUUUUUGUUGAUGACAAGCUUCAAAAGACACCAAAAGAUGUGAUUAACAAACGGUGGCGGGAUUGAGGAACGAAAGCAAUUCUCUCUGGUGUUGGAUGCUUUACCGAGUGGUGCUCGCUGAUCACUACAAAGGCCAGGUUCUGUUCUUCCCGCACAAUAUGGACUUCCGAGGCCGAGUCUAUCCUCUUUCGCCUUACCUCAGCCACAUGGGUGAUGACGUCAACCGCUGCAUCCUCAAGUUCGCCAAAGGUCUUUUUUCAAUCAUCUCAUGGACGUUCACGUGUAGAACGAAAAAAGAAUUUUGUUCUAAAAGAAAAUGGAACAAAGAUGUGUUUUUUUUAAAUAAACAUGGAGAUGUAGCCAAUAACAUACUCGUUUAUGAAUUUAUUCUGACAAUAAAAAUGAAGUCGCCCAUUUUUUUUUCCGCUGCUUGGGAGUCUAAUCAGAAAAUGGUCUUUGGACGCAGUGGGACUUUUGAAUGAGACCAGCUUUUCUAAAUUUAGUUUUCCACGCUGUUUUCAAAUCUGGUAAGUAAGUAUUUUGUUUUACAGCGCAAAAGUUGGGCAAAGACGGACUUCGGUGGUUGAAACUGCACUGCAUCAACUUGACGGGAAAACUAAAAAGAUCCAGCAUCGCAGAGCGAAUUCUCGAAGCCGAACGAGUUCUUCCGGCGAUCCUCGACUCUGCCUCCGACCCUUUCGGAGGUCUCUUCCUUCUUCCUGACCUCAAUCUUUUUUGUAUUGACCUGGCUGAUACUCAGGCGAAGGCUGGUGGAUGCUGUCGGAAGAUCCCUGGCAGACUCUCGCCGCCUGCAUCGAAAUCCACGACGCCAUCAACUUUUCUGGCGACGUGUCGGACUUUCCGAGGCACUGUUCCUCUCAUUUUCCUUAUCGAAAAGCCAUUUCAGUCAAUUACCAGUUCAUCAAGAUGGAAGUUGCAAUGGCCUGCAACAUUACGCUGCCUUGGGACGGGAUAAAGAAGGCGGGGUUCAAGUAAGCUUUUCUCAAUGAAGAAGUUAUCAAGACGGUUGGUUUGAUUCUUGGCUUUCAUAGAAAUAUUCAAUAACUAUAAGCUUUUUCUAUAUUAGUUACUGAAUGAAUUCCCAGGUGAAUCUCACUUCAUCGGAGCUUCCGAACGACGUCUACUCGGACGUAGCCCAACGCGUCGAACAGAAGCGAAAAGAGGACGAGAACGGCGGCGAAGACUGCGAGGUGGCCAGAAAGCUUCGUUCGAUGCUUCCUCAAGAAGUACCGCGAAAGGUUUUUGCCAUCUUCAAGACUCUUUUUCGUUUUGAUCCAUUUUUUAAAUUUCAGGUGAUCAAACAAACGGUCAUGACGACAGUGUACGGCGUGACUAUGUAUGGAGCCGUUCUUCAAAUAAAAAGACAACUGCGCGCUUUGGAGAUUUCCAACGAAGAUGUUCCUUCAUUUCACACUCCUUUAGAGAACUUUGAAUUUCAGGCUGCUCUUUUCGCUCGCUAUUUGGCCCGGAAAACGUUUGCAAGUCUGAACGACGCGUUCACGAGUUCGAUGUGGGUCUUUGGGUUCUCAUCUGCGUGGAAAAGAACCUUUCAGGAUGCUGAAGGACUGGUUCCGAAGCUGUGCCAAAGCGACCAGCGAACUGAUGCGGACGGUGGAAUGGACGACUCCACUGGGCCUGCCUGUCGUGCAGCCGUAUCUGCGCCCCGUCGACAAACAGGGCAAACUCCUCCUUUCCCCUGUUUCUACUAAACAGGUUGGAAUUUUUCCGGAUGAUAUGAGAAGCAGUUCUGCUUUCUCUAAAGCUUCCUCGUCAUUCUGAUGGAGAUUUUUGUCUAUUUCUUAAAAUAGUGAAGAUAGUUUCGAGGUUGCCCUCUCAAAUACUGCACAAGAAGUCUGAUUUGAUUAUUUGGCUACGUUAUUGUUUUCAAUUAUUCAAGCUCUCCUGACUUAUGAAACGCGAGUUGUGGACAUAAGAGUAGACUGUUUCUCUCAGAAAAGCAAAUAGGAGUUUUAAAGGCUCAAUAAAUGGUGGAAAAGGGGAGAGGCACAGCCAAAAUGGUGCAUGAGAGCCGAUAAGUGAUUAAAAAAGGCAGCAAAAGAGGAGCCGUCAUCCUAAAAGGGACUUUGCGUAUGAGUUUGAAUUUUUGCUAAUUGAACUGCUGAUCCACAGCUCACCAGAAGUACAAAGUUUCUACCCUAAUCAUGCUCAAAAGAAAUGAACUAACAGGUGGAUGCAUUCCCUCCGAACUUUGUCCACUCGCUCGACUCGACGCACAUGAUGUUGACUUCUCUGCACUCCGCAAGAAGGUACCUCAGGAGCUAUAAUUCCUCCAGAAUUCUCUCAUUAGGGGCUACACGUUUGCUGCGGUACAUGACUGCUACUGGACACACGCGAAUAGCGUCGACGCGAUGAAUCAAAUUUGUCGCGAGCAGUUCGUCGCCCUCCACUCUCUUCCCCUCGUUCAGCAGUUGGUUUUUCUUUUAUUAUCAAUUGGAAACGAAGAAUAUCAUAGUUCGUUAACACGUUAAUGUCGAGAAACUAGAGACGUACAGUUAGUUUUGACAAUGAUUGAGAUGAGCUUUAAUUGAUCUGAGCUAGCUGGUUGAGCCUUUAUCGAUUAGCUAACAACAAUUAGGAGCUUUAAGAUGUUCUGAAUGGUUCAACUCUCGAUACUUACCAAGAAGCGUCACCAGAGUGAUGACGGAGGAAGAGGUGCAAAAAUACCGCUCCAUUUUCACCCCACAGGUUUUCUUCCAUUUUUCUUUAAAAAUAACGUACAAAAUGCAGGUGGUACGAGGUGAACUGGACAUACACGAUGUCUGUAACUCAGUUUAUUUUUUCAGUUAG